UACCAAAAGAAAUAAUGUUAGAGAUGGCUACAUCUACAUCGGAAGAAAAAGAUGGUGAAAACACACAAGAAAAUCCAAUAUACUGGAAAUUAGCCAGAGAAGGAAUCUCUUUACUCCUUAAUAACAAGCAAAAAGAAGCCGAGGCUUUAUUUAAACUUCAUCAAGGAGAUCUUAACAUGGCUACGGGUUAUGUUUAUGCCGUAUUUGUUGACGCUCUUAUGUCGUUUGAAGAAGAUAAAAUAAAAAUUUGUUUGGAUAGCAUGAAAGAAUUGGAAAAGAAAUGUACGACACAAUGUAGUUCAAGCUGGCUUAAAGCGGUCAAAUCAAAGGUUUUUGGAAGCGGUUAUGGGUGUACUCAACGCGAGCUUGAGUGUCAAAUAAUCCUUGCAGAUAUUCAAGUUUUUUUUGCGAUGUUAACGUUUCUCCAACAAGAUAUAAGCGGGUUUAUAAAAGGAACUUGGAUUUUAAGGAAAUCUUAUAAAUAUUACCAAACGGCUUAUAAUAACAUUUUAGGGGUUUAUAAGGAAGUUGUAGGAGAUAAUAAUGUUCCAUCUGCAUCUAUGGAAAAAGUAUUGGAGAUGAUUCCUACACCUUCAAACGAUUGCCCAAGAACAGUGGAAGAAAUACUGGUUGAAUUAGCCUCCGAGAUGGAAAGAAAAGACCCAAUUGAUGUAGAAAAAAUGGAUUCAAACAUCGAUAAAUACCAAAGUAUAACAAUAGUAACCACAUCUAUUGGAAGUGUGAAGAAUAGUCUUACAGAUCUUCACCAGUUGAGUCCAGAACCGUCCCAAAUGGCCCCAACAUUUUCAAAGGCAUCAACGAGGAAAUUUCAAAACGGGUACAUCCCUUCAACUUCUACAUCGCGUCCAAAGCCCAGCAUCUCUUUUCACUCAGGUUUAAAGAACGGUUAUGUCACAUCCGAGUUUAACAGAAAUGUUGAGGCUUCCGACAUCAAAUUUCGCCCAAACAUGAAGAAAUCAACUUCCGCUAAUAGCGGUUUAGGUGGUAAAUUCAGUUUCAGACCAACUUCUUAUUUCAACUUUCCUUUCGACGUUUUCAACGUUGAUAAGGUCGAAGAUUUGGAUAAAGACACAAUAACCCGUUUACUUUGCGCGGUUUCUUUCGGUUACGGGCUCCUUCAACUUGGCAUCUCACUCCUUCCACCGACAAUAAUGAAAUUGGUAAAUUUCUUGGGGUUUGGAGGCAACAGAAAGCAAGGUAUCGAAAAUUUAAUGUACGCGAGGAAAGGUGACGAUUUAAGAGCCCCAUUUGCGACUCUAUCUCUGCUGUGGUACCACACAAUAGUGAGACCGUUCUUCGCGUUAGAUGGCACCAAUGUUCAAGCAGGGGUUCAAAUUGCAGCCGAAUUAAUCGAAGAGGGUAAAGAUGAGUUUGAAGAAUCGGCCCUAUUUUUAUUUUUUAGAGGAAGAGUCGAAAGAUUAAGAGCCGAAAUUCCUAAAGCAAUUGAAACUUACCAAGGUGCUAUAACAAACGCGGCACAAAAAGAAAUCAAAUUAAUGUCAAUGCAUGAAGUGGGUUGGUGUUAUUUGAUUGAGUUAAACUUUCCUUCAUCAGAAGUAUCAUUUCAAUAUUUAAAAGAUCAAAGCAGAUGGUCAAAAUCGUUUUAUUCCUAUCUUUGCUUAAUUAAUGCUGGGGCAAAUCAACAAUUUCAGGAAGUAGAGAACCCUGUUGAGUUAAGAAACGUUUUCCCACCGGUCGUUAAAGGUACCCAAUUGGAUGAAUUUUUAACAAGGCGUUACCGUAUAUGCCCGUUGGAACAGGAAGUUCUUAAAGAAUUAAAUUUCGUGUUUUGGAAGAUUCUAACUUACGAAUUAUUGUAUCUUUGGAACACUUUACCAAGUUGUAACCAUCAAAAUAUUAAUCGAAUCAUUCAGGAUUGCCAUGAAGCUUGGAAUAUUCAAGUUGAACCAUUUAUGGGACUAACUAGAUUAAUAGCAGGAAGUUGCCACAUUCUUUUAGGAAACAAUGAUGAAGGUGUUCAAUGUUUUCGCGAAGGAAUUGAAGCUAGAAACAGUUUAAGCACUAAUUGCGAGGAUGCCCAUGUUUCAGCUUUCACCAAAUACGAAUUAGGAUUGGUUUUAAUCAAAAACCCUUUAACACUAGCAGAAGGAAAGCGAUACUUGGAAUCUGCAUCUAAUUAUAAAGGAUACGAUUUCGAGCAGAGAUUAACCGUCCGUACCCAUGCCAUACUUAAGAAAUUAUAAAUUUCUAUCGAAAAUUGGGAUGUAUUUUUGCACCGAGAUUUGAACAUCAUUUUUAGAAUUAGACCCAACACUUGUAUUUAUUAACGAUUUUUUAUGGCAAUUAAAAUUGUAUUGAACUGUUA